AACGACAUAACCUAAAAAUUUCUCAAAAUCAAGUUCAAGACUUGAAAAAAAGAAAAAAAAAAGUUUACAAUUUUGUUAAUUUUUACGCAAAAAUAUUAAUAUUGUCGAUUUCUCAAGUAUCUAGAGAGAUGAAACAAUAAUUUCCGAAUAUUGCCAACUAUUUAAAUUAAGAAAACAAAGGGAAAUAAAUUACAAAAAUGUUUGCUCCAAAAUUGUAUUCCCGAAUAAUUAAUUCUGCGGUUCGUUGUCAAGUGAGAGGAAUUCAAUCUAAUGAUUCGCUUUUAGAUGAAAUUACCGAGGUGAGAAAUAGAAAUCCAAGAAAUUUAGAAUUUUUAACAAUUGGUAACAAACCGAAGGGAUAUUGGCUCGAAAAGGAUCAACGUUCUUUUUGGCACAGACCGGUGUUUAAAAAAACUACUCGGUAUGUUAGUUUAGAGCUCCAUCAUUUCGAAAAUGGAAAAAUUAUUUCCGUCUCGACGAAUGAUUAUUCAUUGAAAAGACAGCUUCGAAGGCCCUGCGACACUGCAGCUUAUUUAGCUUUAGCCGAAGUGUUCGCGGAACGUUGCCUCGAAAGUGGAAUAACAACAAUGGCAACAAUAACAAAUGAAAACGAAAACGAAAAAUUAACAAAGUUAAUAGAGAAAUUAGAAAGUUGUGGUCUCAUUCUUGCGGAAGCGGGACAAAUGAUAACCCCUUGUCCCUGGCACAAGGAAAAAUUAAUUAAACCCUGGGAAAUUGAAGUUUAAUUCGAAAUUUUUCUUUCCGAAAAAAUCUAAACGAAUCCUUGUAAAAGUUUAUUACUUAGAUACAUUUUUUUCAUGUACAGAAAACAAUAUAAUUAUAUGUAAAUAUUA